AUGAACUCGAAUAGACGUCAUAUAGUUGUGUUUUCUGGUGGGAGCGCGGCGAAUAGUUUGGUUGAUGUUUUUGGGAAGAUUGCGGGUGGGAGGGGAGGCCAGUUGAGUUACAUUAUUCCAAUCUCGGAUAAUGGUGGAAGCUCGAGUGAGUUGAUAAGAGUAUUUGGAGGGCCGGGUAUUGGGGAUGUGAGGAGUCGCCUCGUCCGUCUCAUCCCCACCUCAUUAGAUCCCCAAAACGAAGCCAUCCGCACAUUCUUCAACCACCGCCUCUCCUCCACCCCAACCCUCGCCGAACAAGAAUGGCAAAGCAUAGUCCUUGGAACACACUUCCUCUGGACCUCAAUACCCUCUCACAAAAAAGAACUAAUCCGCUCCUUCCUCAAUAAUCUUAACCUCGAAAUCGUCAAGAGAGCCCGUCCAUCCAGCAUUUUCAACUUCCAAUCCGCAUCCGUCGGAAACCUCUUCCUCACUGGCGCUCGUCUCUUCGUUGGCUCCUUUGAAUCAGCCAUUUACCUCCUAGGCGCCAUAACUUCCGUCCCUCAAAACGUUUCCGUCAUCCCUGCUAUCAACUCCAAUUUCUCUCAUCACAUCUCCGCCGGCCUAACAGAUGGUACCGUCAUCGUCGGCCAGAAUGAAAUCUCCCAUCCCUCAGCACCAACCUCCGCUCCAGCUGUAUCCCCACACGCCCGUCGUGUCUCCCUAGCUACAGACAUCGAAGACGCAAAUCUCCCCGGCACCCACCCAACACUACGAAAGCAAAACAUCACAUUCGCUAAAUCCGACACACCUGACCUGCCAUCACCAAUUCAGAGGAUCUGGUACAUAAAUCCUUACGGCCAGGAAAUCCGACCAACACCCAAUCCAAAAGUACUAGAUGCCAUCUCCGCCGCCGGUGUAGUCAUUUACAGCAUCGGCAGUCUAUACACCAGUAUCCUCCCCUCCCUAGUCCUCAAAGGCGUCGGCGAACGCGUUCGCAGUGCAGAAUACAAAAUCCUCAUCCUAAACGGCUGUAUCGACCGCGAAACUCGCAGUUUAUCCUCCGGAGACUUUACCGCAAAAGACUUCAUCAAGGCGAUUGGGCAGGCGUGUAAAGCCGAGGAAGAGAUUCAGGAGAGCGAGUAUAGGGAGUAUGUUAGUCACGUGGUACAUCUUCAGGGGGAGGGCACGCCGAGGGUGGAUAAGAGUGAACUUGCGGGAUGGGGAAUUGAGACGGUGAGGUUGUAUGGGCGGAAGAUGGGGGGUGGGGGCAUGGUUUAUGAUGGGAUGGCGCUGGGGCAGGCUUUGGAGGCUGUGCUUGGACGGGGGGAGAGGGAGAGGGGGAGGAGGAAUACGCUUGAGCGGUAG